GCGCGCGCUGAUUGGCGGCUUCCCGGCGCUGCCCCGCUGCCAUUGGCUGCCAGCGCCUCUUUGUUCCAGGUCCCAGGCGCAGCCGAACCGGGCUGCGGAAGUUCGAGGGCACGGGGCGAGUGGCUGCGGCGUCGGCGCCCGAGUGAGUCCCCGCAGCGGAGAUCGCGGACGCGGGACCGAGCCCCUCCGACGCCCAGCAUGGACCUGGAAACCAAAAUGAAGAAGAUGGGCUUAGGUCAUGAACAAGGAUUUGGAGCCCCCUGUCUAAAAUGCAAAGAGAACUGUGAAGGGUUUGAACUACACUUCUGGAGAAAAAUAUGCCGUAACUGCAAAUGCGGGCAAGAAGAACAUGAUGUCCUCUUGAGCAGUGAGGAGGAUCGAAAAGUGGGGAGACUCUUUGAAGACACCAAGUACACCACCCUGAUUGCCAAGCUGAAGUCAGAUGGGAUUCCCAUGUAUAAACGCAAUGUCAUGAUACUGACCAAUCCAGUUGCUGCCAAGAAGAAUGUCUCCAUCAACACUGUUACCUAUGAGUGGGCUCCCCCAGUCCAGAACCAGGCAUUGGCCCGGCAGUACAUGCAGAUGCUACCUAAGGAGAAGCAACCAGUGGCAGGCUCGGAGGGGGCACAGUACCGGAAGAGGCAGCUGGCAAAGCAGCUGCCUGCACACGACCAGGACCCUUCUAAGUGCCAUGAGCUGUCGGCCAAAGAGGUGAAGGAGAUGGAGCAGUUUGUGAAGAAGUACAAGAGUGAGGCUCUGGGUGUGGGUGAUGUGAAGCUUCCCUCAGAGAUGAACGCUCAAGGCGACAAGGUGCACAGUCCUGCUGGGGAUAGAAACACCCCGGUAGCCGCCGCCGUUCCCAAGGACAAGUCUGAGGAGCCCAAGAAGAUCCAAUUUUCCUGUUACUGCUGCAAGCAGAUCAUGAAGGAAGGAGACCCAGCUAUCUAUGCUGAAAGGGCUGGCUACGACAAACUCUGGCACCCGGCCUGUUUCAUCUGUAGCACCUGUGGCGAACUCCUGGUCGACAUGAUUUACUUCUGGAAGAAUGGGAAGCUCUACUGUGGCAGACAUUACUGUGACAGCGAGAAGCCCCGUUGUGCUGGGUGCGAUGAGCUGAUAUUCAGCAAUGAAUAUACCCAAGCUGAAAACCAGAAUUGGCACCUGAAACACUUCUGCUGCUUUGAUUGCGACAACAUCCUGGCAGGAGAAAUAUAUGUGAUGGUCAAUGACAAGCCUGUGUGCAAGCCCUGCUAUGUGAAGAACCAUGCUGUGGUGUGUCAAGGAUGCCACAAUGCCAUCGACCCGGAAGUGCAGAGAGUGACCUACAACAACUUCAGCUGGCAUGCAUCCACGGAAUGCUUCCUGUGCUCCUGCUGCAGCAAGUGUCUUAUCGGGCAGAAGUUCAUGCCUGUAGAAGGGAUGGUUUUCUGUUCCGUGGAAUGUAAGAAGAUGAUGUCCUAGGAGGAGAGCACAGAGCACGGAGCAGGAUUGAGCCAUAGCUGUCCACAGUGGCCUGCAUUUCAUGAUAGAAUGCAAUUUGAAAAAAAAAUAAUAAAAGGAAAAAAAUAUAUAGCACACCAGAAGAUUUUGUUCAACAUUUUUCUUUGUUUUAAACUUACGGAUUUUGUCUGUUGUAAUUUUAAAUUACUGCUUUAAGCAUACAGUUUUUUUUUUUUUUUUUUUUUUUGGUUUUUUUUGUUUUUGUUUUUUAAGUAAAGAAUUGUAGCUUUCCUUUCCAACCAUGAAAUCUUAAUCGAUCGUUUUAACAGAAUACCCCUAGUGCCAAAUAAUAUAUAUCACUUAAAAGUUAGUGUCCUGGGAAAGAUGAACAGUUUGGGCUCCUAUGCUUUGAUUCACAUGGAAAAUGUAAAGGAAAUUUCACGUUGCCUGAUGUGACACUCCACACUUAGCCUGUCUCAUGAACUGUGAUGAUGCUCAGUGAGUUCCUUCUGGCAGACACCCGUGGUGGUGCAUGGUGGGUGUUCCAGUGCCUAAGCCUUUGCAUCUCCUUCUUGAGGCAGAGGGGACUUUUUCUUAUUGCACUCCUUGUAUUUACUUUACCUCUCAGUGUUCUCUUUGUCAUCCAGUGACCUCCGUUUAUGGUCUUGAGUAUUUUACAUGUAUGUAGCAGAACAAUAUGUGCAGCACUUUGCUCUUAGAGAUUUUUUUUUUGUCUAGAACAUAAAACCAGACUGUUCAUUUAGUUCUUUUUGAAAUCCAAAGAAUAUGCAUAGAUUUUUAUACCCAGGGAAUUAUAACUUGUAUUGACAUCACUUGCCAGCCGUGACCUCAUUUUUUGCAUGACUUUUAGUUGGAAACUCUCUUUCGCUACCUCUGAGCUUGCUGUAGACACGGACUGUCUUCUUGCCUGUACACUCCCAUCAUGGGGUGUUUUUAAUGUUUUCCCCUUGUAUGCUUUUACACGUAACUAUGCACUAUAAAUAUUAAAUGGAAUGCCUAUUAUAUAUGUUACUCAAAAUAAAGUCUCUUUCAGUUGAA